GCCUUAAAAUGGCCGCCUGCUGGCGUCUCUGGCGCUGUUGAAUGGAGAAAGCUUUAUUGUUCCCUUCGGGCAGGAGUGUUCGUGUCCUUUAUGGCGCUGUCAAUAAAGAACCGCAGUUUGAAUCGGUGCUGAACAGAGAGGCAGUGGAUUUUUAAGAAUAUAGACCUCAGAGCCAGACUGCCUGAGUUUGGAGCCCAGGUCUGCCACACACUAGUUGUGUGACCUUAGUUGUCAACAAAAAUGUGAAAUAGCUCUGACCACAAUCCUGUAGUUAAUGCUCAAAGUACCUCCCUCUGGAUCAUUGGUGGCUCUUCGUAUUUUUUAAUCUGAUGAAAGACUGACCAGAAAUGACCCCAAAGCAACAUUUUAAGAUCUAGUGCUGAUCCUCACAAAGUGAUUCUGGAAGAAGAGAGGAAAGGAAGUCCUCAGACAGAGCUGAUACGAUGGAGCUUCCCAACUAUAGCCGGCAGCUGCUGCAGCAGCUCUACAUGCUGUGCAAGGAGCAGCAGUUCUGUGACUGCACCAUUUCCAUUGGUACCAUUUACUUCAGGGCCCACAAACUUGUCCUGGCUGCUGCCAGCCUCCUGUUCAAAACCCUGCUGGACAACACAGACACCAUCUCCAUCGAUGCAUCUGUCGUGAGCCCUGAGGAGUUUGCCCUCUUGUUAGAAAUGAUGUACACUGGCAAACUACCUGUGGGCAAACACAACUUCUCCAAAAUCAUCUCCUUAGCCGACAGCCUACAGAUGUUUGAUGUGGCUGUUAGUUGUAAAAAUCUUCUAGCUAGCCUUGUAAACUGCUCUGUUCAGGGUCAGGUGGUGAGGGAUGUCUCCACACCAUCCUCAGAGUCAUCCAGGAAGGAGUUGGAGAAGCCUGAAGUAGAAAUCCUUUCCUCCGAGGGUGCUGGAGAGCUUCAUUCUUCCCUGGAUGUUUCCACCCCUCCAGGGGGCCCUGUGAAAGCCGAGGUAGGGGAAGUGAUCCAGACGGUUGUGCAAGAGAUGAGUGUGGAUCCUUCCGCUGCCCAGGGGAUUCAGGGGAAUGCAGACACCCCAGUGGAGACUCCUCUGACAGCUGAAGAUUUUUCCCCUUCUUCUGUUGUACAAACCUUUAGUGAGGCAAAGGAAGCAAGCCCAGAAUCAGAGUAUGAGGGGAAGCAUUACCAGCUGAAUUUUCUUCUAGAAAAUGAAAAAAUCUUCUCAGAUGCACUCUUGAUUACCCAGAAUGUUUUAAAAAGACUAGAAGAAUGUUCAGAAAUUAAAGGUGCACAGAAGGAGACCAUAAUGGGAUGUCUUGUGGGUGAAGAAGGACAGUCAGCAUUCCAGAGAAUCCUGGAUAAAGUAAGAAGUGAGAGCCUGGAUGUUCAGACUGUCGUGUCCCUGUUGAGGCUGUUCCAAGAUUCUAAUCCUGCGGUAAAGACAACACUGUUAGACAGACAGCCAGAGGCUGUAGAAGCAGUGCAGCCAAAAGCUCUUUCUCCCCCAGGGAGCACAGAGGAGGGAAAGACCUUGUCUGUUCUGUUACUAGAACACAAAGAGGACCUGAUCCGGUGUGUAACACAGCUGAGACCUAUUUUGGAGUUCCUGGAAACGGGCGAGGAGGAAUUCCUGACUGGCUCUGAGAAAAGGGUGAUUCUGAAUUGCUGUGAGGGUGGAACACCCAAGGAGACAAUAGAAAAUUUGUUGCACAGAAUGACUGAAGAGAAGACCCUGAGCGCUGAGAGUUUGGUAAAACUCCUUCAGGCUGUGAAGAUGACAUUCCCAAACUUGGGCCUUCUGCUGGAGAAUUUGCAGAAAUUAGCUGCUUUGCCGAGCACCACAGUCCAAGCAAGCCCUGAUGAUUAUGGGAUUGAACUAUUGAGGCGGUAUCACGAAAACCUCUCAGAGAUUUUCACAGACAACCAGAUGUUACAAAAAAUGAUCCCACAUGUGAAGAGUUUAGCCCCUGGAGAAAGAGAGGUCAUGGAGAAGCUUGUGAAACGUGACUCUGGUUCAGGUGGUUUCAGUGCUCUGAUGUCAGCAGUUCUAGAAGAGCAGACUCUCUCUGCAGCAGCCAUUUGGCGACUGCUGCUUGUGGCUCAGGAGACAAAGGCCUGCCCAUUGAACCUGCUCACGGAGGAAAUACGAAGGGAGCCUGGCGCAGACGCUUACUUCCGGGCAGUGAUGACCCCAGAAAGUGCUGCCUUCGAAACCAUCCUGAGGCAUCACAGGUUGAUCCUAGAGGCCAUCCAGCAAAGGGCUGAACUCAAGUGCUUGGCCUCAGAGGAAGAGCGCCUGGCAGAGACUGUGAAAGAGAUUCUGAGCAUUUCCUCUGAGACAGCCAGCCCUGAAGCUUCCCUGAGAGCAUUGCUGAGCAGAGCCACGGAAAAAACCACCUCGGCCAUUGAAAUAUGUCAGCUCCUGUGCAGCAUCCACAGAUCUUUCCCAGGCCUGCAGCCUGUCAUGCAGGAGUUGGCGUAUGCCGGUUUCCUUACUGAGGAAAAGGGAGAGAAGGAAAGGUGGAUGGUGAGUAAUAAAUUUCACCUUGAAGCCAAGGACAAAGCAGAUGAAAAGGCGGCUGAGCCAGCUGAAGAAAACUGCCAGCCUGGGAAACAGAACGGUCAAGGAGAGACUGGUUCCUUGCCAGAACAACAAGAGAAAGAUACUUCUGCCUCCCCAGACUCUGCCAAGAAGAGCUUCGUCUGUAAGGCCUGCGACAAGAGCUUCCAUUUCUACUGCCGCCUCAAGGUGCACAUGAAGCGCUGUCGGGUGGCCAAGAGCAAACAGGUGCAGUGUAAGGAGUGUAACGAGACCAAGGACUCUAAGAAAGAGCUGGAGAAACAUCAGCUGGAGGCCCAUGGUACAGGUGGAGAGCCUGACGUCCCCAAGAAGAAGAAGAAGAGGCUUCCAGUGACGUGUGACCUCUGUGGAAGAGAAUUUGCUCAUGCCUCAGGCAUGCAGUACCACAAACUGACGGAGCAUUUUGACGAGAAGCCGUUCUCCUGUGAGGAGUGUGGGGCAAAGUUUGCGGCCAAUUCUACCCUGAAGAACCACCUUCGCCUUCACACUGGGGACCGUCCAUUCAUGUGCAAGCACUGCCUCAUGACCUUCACCCAGGCCUCUGCCCUGGCCUACCACACCAAGAAGAAGCACUCAGAAGGAAAAAUGUAUGCGUGCCAGUACUGUGAUGCUGUGUUUGCCCAGUCCAUUGAGCUGUCCCGCCACGUGAGGACCCACACCGGGGACAAGCCAUAUGUCUGCAGAGAUUGUGGCAAGGGCUUCCGGCAAGCCAAUGGCCUCUCCAUCCACCUGCACACCUUUCACAACAUAGAAGAUCCAUAUGACUGCAAGAAGUGCAGGAUGAGCUUCCCCACUCUGCAGGAUCACCGAAAGCACAUCCACGAGGUGCACUCCAAGGAGUACCACCCCUGCCCCACGUGUGGGAAGAUCUUCAGCGCCCCUUCGAUGCUGGAGCGGCACAUGGUGACCCACGUCGGAGGGAAGCCCUUCAGCUGUGGGAUCUGCAACAAGGCCUACCAGCAAUUGUCUGGUUUGUGGUACCACAAUCGGACCCACCACCCUGACGUGUUUGCUGCUCAGAACCAUCGAUCUUCCAAGUUCUCGUCACUCCAGUGCAGCUCCUGUGACAAAACCUUUCCCAACACCAUUGAACACAAGAAGCACAUCAAAGCAGAGCACGCAGAUAUGAAGUUCCAUGAAUGUGGCCAGUGUAAGGAGCUCUUCCCCACGCCAGCUUUGCUGCAGGUUCACAUCAAGUGCCAGCAUUCAGGGUCACAGCCGUUCCGGUGUCUGUACUGUGCAGCCACUUUCCGCUUUCCCGGGGCGCUGCAGCACCACGUCACCACUGAGCACUUCAAGCAGUCGGAGAGCACCUUCCCCUGUGAGCUCUGUGGGGAGCUCUUCACCUCCCAGGCCCAGCUGGACUGUCACUUGGAAUCUGAACACCCAAAGGUGACGGGCACUGAAAGCCAAGUGGCCGCCUCACAGAUGGUGCAGGUGAUCCAAACCCCAGAGCCGGUGGCCCAGACGGAGCAGGUGAUCACUUUGGAGGAGACCCAGCUUGCUGGUUCACAGGUGUUUGUGACAUUGCCAGAUUCGCAGACAUCCCAGACCAGCUCUGAGCUUGUGGCAGUGACCGUGGAGGACUUGCUAGACGGUACCGUGACCCUAAUCUGUGGGGAGGCCAAACCCUCAGCUCAAAAAUAACAUCACCACUGGAAGAUGCCUAGAAUCCUCCCACUAGAGCUCCAUCCCUCAACUUGAAAUACUGCUCUUGAUGGCAAGCAGAUAUGGUGGAAAGAAUUCCAGACCAGGUGCCAAAAUACCUGACUCUUGGUCCCAGCAGUGCCCCUGAUGUACUGAGUCAGCAUCUUCUAUCUCUAAAACGGGAGAUAAGUACAAUCUCUUCCCCCGCCUACUUCACAAGGGCGAUGGAUAUGGGAAAACACACAGGAGCCGCCAGUCUCAGCCUACAGACACAUGAGCUCAUCUACUCACACACACCCGCCGGUGAUGAGGAGAUUCCUCCCCAUUUUACAGGUGAGGAGACUGAGGCACAGAGAAGCUAGUCACUUGCCAAGGCCACGCAGGUAGUUAGUGGGGGAGCCAAGAUUUGAACCCACUGGCUGAAAACAGGCAUGGGUGGGGUGUGAGAAGACACAGACAGGGGUGGGUUUAGGGAGGCAGAUGCACUGGAUCCGCAGCCAGGGCGGCCCUGGGAUGUCCCUCUGAGAGCCACGAUCCCUCACUCUCUGGGCGCCGUUGACAAGCAGAGCACACGCUGAAGAGGUGGGCUUGGGGCAGCCGGUGGCCCUGGAGAUCCCAGGCUGGAAAAAGGAAGGCCCACGGGGCCAUACAGCUGUCUUCACAGACCUGCAACUGUCAGAGGGAUCUGCUUAGGACACGGAUGGGGUCACAUCGUGCCCUGGCUCCGACCCCCCAGAGAGCCCAAGAUGAAGUCCUGGCGACUCAGCUGGGCAGACAGGGCUCUCUGCAACCUGACCUUGGCCAGCCUCUCCAGCCUCAUCACUCACGAUUCCCCGCCUCAAACCUCACUCUCCACGUUUUCAAACUGCCAGUAGCCCCACACGCACUGUGCCUGACCCCGCUACUGGGGCGAGAAGGAAGAGCGGCCCCCCGCUCCCUGAGCCUCUGCUUGUGCUGUCCCGAAGGCCAGAGUGCCUGUCCUUCCCCUUUCCCUGGCUGACUCCUGCUUCCGCUGGAAGGCAUUCUGAGCUGUGACUCAGGUGGCAGCUUUUUCAGGAAGCCCUCCUUCAUGCCUCUGUUGCAACCUAGCCUUUCCCUAACCCCAGGGGCCGCUAUCUCUGGGUCUGCCUUGCCGGACAGGGCCGGGCCAGAGUCUGGAUCUGCAGGUGGACCAACUGCCUCGCUGGCUCUCACAGGAGGCCAGCGCAGCCUCGUUCUGUGUUAUCAUCCCCAUUGCACAGGGGAAGAAAUGGAGACACUUAGCCAAGGUCACACAGCUACUAGGAGGUGGAACUGGGGUUGUAACCCAGAAGUCCAAUGCCAGAGCUGCCAUCUCAGCUGUGCAGGAAGAGCACUCCUUCCUGGUGGGGGCAGGGGGAGCCCCGUAGCCUUUGUGGACCUUCCCAGCACCAGGGUUCUCGGAUUCUAAUAAUAUUAAUUGUAGCUCAGUGUCACCUUCCCAGAGAGCCUCCCCUGUCCACACUGCCUAAAACGGUCCCAUAUCACUCUCCAUCCUUUCACUCUCCUUUAGUCGUUUUCAUCGCACUUGUCUCCAUCUACAUUUUUAUAAAUGUCUCUACUCAUUGGUCUGUCUCCUCACCUACACUGUAGGCAGCAUAGGGGCAGGGACCUGGCCUGUGUAGCUCACUGUUGGAUUCCCAGCACCUAUGACACGGCAGGAGCCCAGAAAGCGCUUGCUGAGCGAAUGAAUACUUCCCGUGCCCAUCUGCCCAGAGGGCCUGAGCCCUUCACGUCUGCCACCCACCCAUCCUCCCAGCAAUCCUUGAAGUUAGGAGCUAGGCACAUUUUUUCAGAGAGGAAGUGGGGCCUCAGAGUCGUUAAGUAGUAAUUUGCUCAGGGCCUCUGAUAGGGUAGCCAGUGUCCAGGUCCAUGGGAUUCCAAAGACUGCACUCUCGGACACUAGGCCAGAAAUGAGGAAGCUGGCACCAGAGAGGCUAACGAACUGGCCCCGGUCUCCUGCCUGAAGACACUGGCUUUGUUCUCUGCACAGCCCUCUGCUGGGUCCCUGGGGGCCUGAGGCCCAGAGCAGGUCCUAUUUGCAGUACCUCCACUCUGCCUUUUAUUAAGCACGUAAAGACUGCAGCCUUCACAAUUGCCCAGAGUUCAGCUUUGCCUUUUUUUCCCACCUCUUUAAAUGAGCACACCCUUCAGUGGCUGUGGCGUCAUUAAUUCUCUAGUCCCCAUCCUUGGUGAGAGCCUCAGGUCAAGGUCUUCUGAUGGACGUAGUAGGAGCAUUUUCAAGCUGCUAAUCCAGCUCGCAGUUGUUAGAACUCUCGGAAGCUUUGCCUUCUCGUCCCGUCCAGUGGCCCAGGUAACACCAGAGGAGACUAGUGUUUGUCUUUCCAAUUCUGUCCCUGAGACCUAAGUUCCAUCUUCUGGACCCUCCUUUCUGGCUGUGUGACCUGGAGCAAGUCCCUUCCCUUCUAGGAUGUCUAGUGGUUCUUCCAGCUCAGAUGUUCUGAAACCAAUAGAAAUACGAUACAAGCCACAAUUGUCAUUUUAAAUUUUCUAUCAGCCAUGUGAAAAGGGUAAGAAAAAAACAGGUGAAAUUAA